AUGGCUGAAGUUACCAGUUUGGUGCCCAAGGAGUGGUCCAUUGCACGCCCCGUCGCGAUGGCAGCUGCGACCCCAGCGCGACUCCAUCGCUCUGCCGUUUGGGACAUUGCGGUGGGUCUGCAACCACCCGAUCGGAGAGCUGCUUGGUUCACAAUGGCGGAGCUUGCGCGCGCUGCGGUAUUUGUCAGUUGGGAGAAGUUGUGA